AUGUGGUUCAGGAGGCAUGUGUGGGCUUCUGGCCAAGUAGAGAACACCUUAUCACAGGAAGGACAGGUAAAUUUGGACACAGAAGCAGCAAGUGGAGGCGUAAUCGAUGCCGUCGAUGAGGUGUUUGUAGGUGCCGACAUGGACGACGAAGAAGCCGACUGUGGAGGGGAUGGGGGAGUUGGAAGGGAACCCUCAAUGACCGAUGCUCGUCCGAGCGAUGGGCUUUAUACUGGAAGCCAGGACCCAGAAUCUCCUGGGUUGACCCCCUUCACACCUUCGACACUGCCUUGGGCCAAAGUCUGCAUUCGUAUGAGAGGAGCAAAAAACCGUCACCUGAGAUGUGACCAGCCGAGUGGAUUAGAUACAUACUGUUUCAGUUCAUCGAAGAUGCAAUUGGAUAGAAAGCAAAGGCCGUGCACCAAACAUCAAAAAUCUGACCAAGUUCCCUGA